AUGGCUCCUCAUGCCGACCGCGACGUUGAGGUGCAGGCUGUCACAGAUACUCAGGCAGUAGUUGUCCCCGACCCAGUCCUUUCCAAAGUUCCCACCAAUCCCAUAUUUACCAUCGACGAUGUCAUUCCACACCGACAAAACAGCCAGGCAGUCAACACUGGCGUGGCCGCUUUCUCAUCCGCCGACCUCUUCAAAAGCAAGGGCGCCUUCAAGAAGCCCAAGUCCAAACGAUGGGACCACCGGAUUAGCGCCGAGAGUGCCCUUCGCCAGCCAUCAUCCCUCAAAGGCGCCAUGAAAUACUUCCGCCCCGACAUGAUCAGUCUAUGUGGUGGCCUCCCAGCUAGCGACUACUUUCCCUUUGAGAGCAUGUCGGUCAGAGUGCCGCAAGUCCCCAAUUUCAGCGAGUCCGCCACUCACUCGUCAGGCACAGUCUUGUCCGCGGGCAAACACGACAUUGCCACGGGUACUUCUCAAUUCGAUCUGUCAGUCGCUCUCAACUACGGCCAGUCCAUGGGCCCUCCUCAAAUCAUGCGGUGGAUCACCGAGCACACCGAGAUUGUGCACAACCCAAGAUAUUCGGAUUGGGAUAUUUGCAUGACGAGCGGAUCUACAUCGGCUUUGGACAUUGCGUUGCGUAUGCUGUGCAACCGGGGCGACUACAUCUUGACCGAGGAAUAUUCCUUUUCAUCCGCCAUGGAGACGGCGCGACCCAUGGGUCUGAAUCUGGUGGGUGUACCGAUGGAUGAGCGAGGCAUGCUCGCCUCCGCACUUGAUGAGAUUCUCUCCAACUGGGAUCCUGUUGCAAGAGGUGGCCCCAAACCCUUCGUCAUGUACACCGUCCCGACUGGACAGAACCCCACAGCCAGCACACAAGACGCCCAAAGGCGCAAGGAUAUCUACGCUGUGGCCGAGAAGCACGAUCUGUUCUUCCUCGAAGACGAGCCCUACUACUUCCUUCAGAUGGAGGACUACGUCUCCGGCAAGACCCACGAGGUUCCUUCCCCUUUCACUCCGCCCUCCAACAUCCCGGACUUCCUCUCGGCUCUUGUGCCCAGCUACCUCUCUUUGGAUACCUCGGGCCGCGUGCUCCGUCUCGACUCCUUCUCCAAGAUCAUUGCGCCUGGCUCUCGAUGUGGCUGGGUGACGGGUCCCGCCCAAAUGGUAGAGCGCUUCAUCCGUCACAACGAAGUCUCGGCUCAGACGCCCUCGGGCUUCUCGGAAAUCGCGCUCUUCAAACUACUAGAAGAGAACUGGGGCCACAAGGGGUUCCUGGAGUGGCUCAUGUUCAUCCGCGCCGAAUACACCCGUCGCCGCGACAUCAUCGUCAACGCCUGCGAACGCCACCUCCCCACCGAAGUCGCGAGCUGGACGCCCCCCAAAGCCGGCAUGUUCCACUGGAUCAACGUGGACCUGACCAAGCAUCCCAAAUUCCACCCGCAGAUCAACCAGCAAGAGUUCCUCGACAUUGAGGAAAAGGUCUUCCUCGCUGGCGUGGACCGUGGCGUGCUAUUGGCCCGCGGCUCCUGGUUCCGCGCCGAGAAGGGCUCCGACCAGGCUCUGUUCCUCCGCACCACCUUCGCGGCUGCAAGCGCGGAGAAGAUCGAGGAGGGCAUCAGGCGUAUGGGCGCGGCGCUCAGGACCGAAUUUGGCCUGCAGCAGCAGCAGCAUCCCGCAAAUGGUCACGCGUGA